UCCUCCCAAACCACCCUCAAAAUCCCCAACACAGUCCUCUCUGGCCGUCAGAGUGGGGGGGGGGGCGGCAACAAUCCCCGUCCCCCGUCAGGCACGUGAAGGCGCCAACACCAACACCAUCCAGGCCGUCCAUGUCUCCCAUCAGCAGUCGCUCCCUGGCGGACGCCGGCGGAGACGUUCUGCCGCCCUGGAAGAGAGGCGAGGCCGGGUUCAGCACCAUGAGCGCCAGCAUGAGCAGUAUGACUGCCAUGAGCAGCAGUAUGACCAGUAUGAGCAGUAUGAGCAGCAGUAUGAGCAGUAUGAAGAGCGCCAGUAGCUCCAUGCAGGUCAGCGGGGGCCAAUCCAUGCAGGUCAGCGGGGGCCAAUCCAUGCAGAUCAGCGGGGGCCAAUCCAUGCAGGUCAGCGGGGGCCAAUCCAUGCAGGUCAGCGGGGGCCAAUCCAUGCAGAUCAGCGGGGGCCAAUCCAUGCAGGUCAGCGAGGGCAAAUCCAUGCAGAUCAGCGGGGGCCAAUCCAUGCAGAUCAGCGGCGGCCAAUCCAUGCAGAUCAGCGGGGGUCAAGAGGUGACGGAGGCAGCAGCCGUGCCGUCAGCCGGUGGCGCCGUGGUUCCUCCCACCCUGGUGUCAGGUCUGAAGAACACCAACGUGACGGAGGGUGAGUCGGUGACGCUGGAGUGUCAGAUUAGCGGAAACCCCGCCCCCAGCAUCAUGUGGUUCAGAGAGGACUACAAGAUCGAGAGCAGCAUCGACUUCCACAUCUCCUACGAGAGCACCGUCGCUCAGCUGGUGAUCCGUGAGGCCUUCGCCGAGGACAGCGGGCGCUUCACCUGCACAGCCACGAGCGAGGCGGGCACCGUCAGCACCUCCUGCUACCUGCUGGUCCAGGUGUCCGAGGACAUCGAGAGCAGAGAGGAGGUGGCUGCAGAAUCUGCAGAGAAACCAGAAAGAGAAGAGGCUCCAGAGGAGACGGAGUCUCAGGUGAGCGAAGCCGACGUCCCGGACGCCGCCCCCGUCUUCCUCCGGAAACCCAGCAUUCAGAAGCUGGAGGAGGGGGGCAGCGUGGUGUUCGACUGCAAGGUGGGGGGCAGCCCCAAACCUCACGUCAUCUGGAAGAAGGGCGGCGUCCCGCUCACUACUGGAUACAGAUAUAAAGUUACCUAUAAGAAGGAGACCGGCGAAUGUAAGCUGGAGAUCUCCAUGACCUUUGCCGAUGACGCCGGAGAAUACUCGGUGUUCGCCAAGAACCAGUUGGGAGAAGUUUCUGCCUCUGCAGACCUGCUGGAGGAAGAGGAAUACGAAGCCCUGAUGAAGAAACAGGAAGCCACCUUUAAGACUGAAGUGACAGCCAUGGUGCAGGAGCCCACCGCCGGGGCGACCCCCAUGGAGCAGACCUCAACCAUUAUAACCGGACAGGACUUCCAUCUGUCUGCCAUCGAGCAGAGGAUCAUCCACGAGUACGAGCUCGUCAUCAUGAAGUUUACCUACAGAGAGAUCGUGACGGAGGACGGAGAGUUGAUCGUGACCUCUGACCCCAACGAGGCCGUGCAGCCCAUCUUCGACACCCCUGUCAAAAACUACAGGAUCUUGGAGGGCAUGGGGGUCACCUUCCACUGCAAGAGCAGCGGGAUGCCCCUCCCCAAG